CUUUUACGUCACACGCACAGAACCAACUCAAAUUAGCCUUUAGCAAAUCAAGCUAACAUGCAUGCUGCGAUUAUCUGACCUGUGACUGGAGAAUAACCUAAAAGUAAAGGUUUUUUAAACGCAGGCUUAUUUGCCAUUGUUCGUGCUUUAUCUCAGGGGAUUUGUAGAAGGCGGUGGCUUUCUUGGUUCAGUGAACAUGUGGAGCUCAGGCCGCCGUGCCCUUCAGGAUCUGAUGCUCCACCAGCAGACUGCUGUCAGGAGCUUCUCCCUCAGCCCUGCUCAGAAUACAGUGAUCGUGGAGAGAUGGUGGCAGGUGCCCUUAUCAAAAGAAGGCCGUCCGCCCAGGCUUCACCCUCGAAGACACAGAAUCUACAAACUGGUUGAAGACACCAAACAGGCUCCGAAGCAGAAGAUGGAGCUCAUCCUAACGGCCACAGUUCCCAAGCUCGGAGCGCGAGGGGACACCGUGUUUGUGAGAAAGUCAGCUGGCAGAAAUAAGCUGCUGCCCCAAGGCCUUGCAGUGUAUCCUUCACCGGAGAACAAACACAUGUUUGAAGAGGAGAUAAAACUCCUGCGUGAGGGGAAGCCAGAGGAAAGAGUUCAAACCCGCUCUGGACAGUUGACGGUAGAGAUCCUUAAAAAAUCCCAUUUAAACAUUAGCAGAAUGCCUUUGGAGGAAUUCCAGGUCAAUAAAGAAGUGGUCUGUAGGCAGUUCAAAAAGAAGCUGGGAGUUUUUGUGCCUCCUCAUGCAUUGAGUCUGCCAUUUGAGUCGGUCAAGGAGGAGGGCGACUACUGGUGUGAAGUUACGGUUAAUGGAAUAGACAUAGUUCGUGUCCCUCUGUCUGUGGUGCCAUAUGAGGACCCAUCAGCAAUCUAUCAGAAGCAGCUGAAAGCGCAGGCAGCUGCUGCUGCUGCUGCUGCUGCUGAGGACGAGGAGGCUGCUGUGAAGCUGGUGUCUGAUCCUGCGGUGGAGCUAGUUUCUGAUGCUGCCGUGGAGCUAGUUUCUGAUGCUGCCGUGGAGCUAGUUUCUGAUGCUGCCGUGGAGCUAGUUUCUGAUGCUGCCGUGGAGCUAGUUUCUGAUCCUGCCGUGGAGCUAGUUUCUGAUCCUGCCGUGGAGCUAGUUUCUGAUCCUGCCGUGAAGCUAGUUUCUGAUCCUGCCGUGGAGCUAGUUUCUGAUCCUGCGGUGAAGCUAGUUUCUGAUCCUGCCGUGGAGCUAGUUUCUGAUCCUGCCGUGAAGCUAGUUUCUGAUCCUGCCGUGGAGCUAGUUUCUGAUCCUGCGGUGAAGCUAGUUUCUGAUCCUGCCGUGAAGCUAGUUUCUGAUCCUGCCGUGAAGCUAGUGUCUGAUCCUGCCGUGGAGCUAGUUUCUGAUCCUGCCGUGGAGCUAGUUUCUGAUCCUGCCGUGGAGCUAGUUUCUGAUGCUACAGUGGAGCUAGUUUCUGAUGCUACAGUGGAGGGAGCUGCUGCGGAGCUGGUGUCUGAUGCUGCGGUGGAGGCUGAAACAGCUAAAGACUCUGUGGGUGAAGCUGCAGCAGGAGUCUCUGCUGCUGAGGAAGAAAAAGCAGCAAGUACACCGACAAGUCCAGACACAACAGCACCACCAAGUGAUAGCCCGAAAAAAGAUUAAAGGACAUGAAGAUGUGCAUAGAACUUUGAUGGAUAUUGUUUACCUGUAAUUCACAUGUAUAAAAUCAGUUGUCUGUAUAAUUAUUAAAUGAAUUAUUCAAAUAAUGGUGGAACUUUUAUAUAUUUCUUUUGAGCUGUUAACCAAAGCUGGAUAGACAAUAAAACACUUUUGUAAUCUAAA